GGAAAAGAAACGAUUUUAUAUAAUCAGUCACCCAUUUGGAAGCAUCACGAGCGGUUCCAGUUCGCUGCAGUUCUGCAUAGUUACAUUUAAAAAAAUAAAUAAAACAAAAAAAAAAUGGAUAAAUUGAUCGAGGAGGAAGCUUCUCCGUCAUCGUCGGAGCAUGGAACGCCUUCGCCAGCGUCAGGAUCUGGGCGAUCGACACCUUCAUAUGAAUUCCAGAUGGAUAAAUUGCUGGAGGCUGUGGACUCAACGGAUUCUGAGUCGCCGUUCUCUUUUCAAUCCCCAUUCCCGACGUUGCCCCUGUAUGACAUGAACUUUGACAAAUUUCCGUUUUGCAAGCCAUGUCCGUUCGCGAAUGAUGCGCAGGCCUUGGAGGAGCUGAAUGGCUGUGAUUACACUCAACGCAUCACCUACGAGAUGGCCCACUCCGGCCAGUCGAAACGUCGGGUGCGCGUCUAUGCCGAUGGCAUAUACGAUCUCUUCCAUCAGGGUCAUGCCAGGCAGCUGAUGCAGGCCAAGAACAUCUUUCCAAAUGUCUAUUUGAUUGUUGGCGUGUGCAACGAUGAGCUGACAUUGAAAAUGAAGGGUCGUACAGUGAUGAAUGGCUUUGAGCGCUACGAGGCAGUGCGCCAUUGCCGCUAUGUGGACGAGGUUGUUCCAAAUGCACCCUGGACACUCACCGAUGAUUUUCUGACUGAUCACAAAAUAGAUUUUGUUGCUCACGAUGACAUUCCAUAUGGGGCUGGGGGCUGUAAUGAUAUAUAUGCUCCGCUCAAGGCACGCGGCAUGUUUGUGGCAACCGAACGCACUGAGGGUGUGUCCACCUCGGACGUUGUGGCUCGGAUUGUAAAGGACUACGAUGUCUAUGUGCGUCGCAAUCUGGCACGUGGCUAUUCCGCCAAGGAGCUGAACGUUUCUUUUCUGUCCGAAAAGAAGUUCCGUCUGCAGAAUAAAAUGGACGAACUGAAGAAUCGCGGCAAGCGGGUAAAGGUCGACAUCAUUGCCAAAUGGGAGGAGAAGUCGCGCGAGUUUAUCGACGCAUUUCUACAGGCCUUCGGACGUGAUCGUCUGCACUCGUUCUGGAACGAGUCAAAGGGCAAAAUAAUGAGCGCCUGGAGUUCCACAGCAUCGAUUAAUGCCGACGAUUUCUUGGCAAUGCAUUCCCCGGACGGUAGCGAUUCCAACGAGGAAUAUGAAGAGUCCCGUUCGGUGGCCGAGAGUGACAGCGGCAUUGAUCCUCGUAGGCAUGGCUCAGCUGCGGUCCAGCUUGCCAAUCUGAACCGUUCCAGCAGCUCCCCCGAGGUGGACCUGGGGUCUACGAGAGCCCCACCACUGGGAUUCGAAUUUGUUAAGCCUAAAAAUAUUUAAAAAUAAAUUUUGGACGACAGACGGCUUGCUGUAGUGGCCCUUGAAUGAGAAA